AAGAAGUUUCUGCUAGUGACAGCGUUGGCAAAGCCACAUUUUCAAGUUUAGCGUUAUGGAGUUAAAAUGUCGGAUCCCGGUCGGCUUGACAGUGACGGCUGUGGAGGUCAUGUGACCUAUUCUGACACAGAUCGAGGGCGAUGCCACGCAGAGGUUUACAUGAAAGGUUAGAGGUCAGCAACCUGGCUGUAAUGGAGUCUGGAGUUACCUGCAGUUCAUGUGGUGACCACAAGGCGGCGCUCUCAGGUGUCAAGGCAAAGGCAAGGGGCGCGCUCUUCUUCCUGCUGGAGUGAGAACACGAUGAGAAGCGUAUCAGAAAAAGAAAUGAUACAAUUAUCAUAAGCCACAAAGAGCUUGAAAGAAAUAAAAAAAAUGGAAAAUAGUAUGGUAGCAGUAAAAAAAAAACAAAAUACAUAAUAAAAAAAAAGCAUUAAUAGUUGUGAGGAAAAAUGUAGCACUAUUAUGAGUUCAAGUUUAGAAAGAAGAGAAAAAUCAUGGUAUUAAAAAUGAAAAAAGAAAAUGUAUAUAAAUGUGGGAAAGUAUGAAUAAAAAAAUCCACGACAAAUAAAUAAAUAAUAGUUUGUGGCUUAAAACACUGAAGAGGGACCACUGUGAUAAGAUCAAUCUUAAAGGGACAAAAGGACCAAUUCACCAAAAAUUAAGAAGGGAUUGAAUAAAAGUGAUAAGGGAAAAGUAGACCACCUCAAAAAAAGAAAGGAAAAGAAAAUGGCAAAUAAAAAGGGUCUCAAGCUUAGAAAGUAAAAGUACAAAAAAAGUCUAGAAAUGACCACAGCAUUAAACAGAGCAAUAAAAGAAAUGAAAUAAAAAAAUAAAAAAAAAUAAUAAUCCUGAAGUUGAAAUAACAAAACAAAAAGAUGUUGAACUGACCAAUAAAGUUAGUUGCAACUUCACUGUGAAAUGUUUGAAAUGUAAAUGAAGAUUUCUAAUUUCUCUUUUAAUGAAUUAGGGAAACAUAUUUCAUUAAAACAGUAGCACAUUUUUGACGCCAAGUGUUUUCAUCCCUAAUGUAAAAAAAAAAAAUGGAACUUAACAUAAAGAAUGAAGAAAUAAAAACAGCAAAUUUGAGUAGAAGCUCAUGACUUGCUUGCAUCUGAACUGUAGAGGGCGCUGCAGCAUCUCCCUCUCCUCCUUUUUCCCACCACGUCUCUCUCCCUCUCUUCAUGUCUCCUAUUCCUCCAUCCCUCCCACUUCUCUGCAUCGCCCCCCUCCCUCCCUCCACAUCCCUCACACAUCGGUGGGACGCGAGCGCACGCAGACGAGCGGGAGCGGAGGGAUGAGUGUGGCGCACACGUGUGAGGACCUGACCAACCGCCGGGACCAGGGGCGGAGGAGCGGAGGACUCGACCGCAGUGAGCCAGCGCUUCGUCCCCUCGUGCUCGCGGCCACCAUGAACCUGCCUGCUGCUGGUUGCUAAGGGGGAGGCGUCUUGUUCGGAAGGGGAACGUGAAGAUGGCCGAAGGCGCCAAGGACCAGGGUGGUGCGAGCGUCGCCGACCCAGAGGAGGACUCCCCAAAUAUGAUGGUCUACAGAAAGAUCGAAGACAUUGUCACACGGAUACAAGAUGAGAAAGCUGGUGGAGUGUCAAUCCGGACCGUAAAAAGCUUCCUCUCCAAAAUCCCCAGCGUGGUUUCAGGCGCAGACAUCGUCCAGUGGCUGAUGAAAAACCUCUCUAUUGAGGAUGUAGCUGAAGCCAUCCACCUUGGAAGCCUGAUCGCUGCUCACGGCUAUAUCUUUCCCAUCUCGGACCACGUCCUGACGCUUAAAGAUGACGGAACCCUUUAUCGCUUCCAGUCUCCGUAUUUCUGGCCAUCCAACUGUUGGGAGCCUGAGAACACCGAUUAUGCCAUCUACUUGUGCAAGAGGACGAUGCAGAAUAAAGCGCGACUGGAACUGGCAGACUAUGAGGCUGAGAAUCUCGCCCGGCUGCAGCGUGCCUUCGCCCGGAAGUGGGAGUUCAUCUUCAUGCAGGCUGAAGCUCAAGUCAGAAUUGACAGGAAGAAGGACAAAGCAGAGAGGAAGAUCUUGGACAGCCAGGAGCGAGCGUUCUGGGAUGUUCAUCGACCGGUGCCCGGCUGCGUCAAUACAACAGAGAUGGACAUCCGAAAGUGCAGGCGAGAAAGGAACCCACACAGAGUGAAGAAGUCCGUGUACGGUGUCCCAGACGACGGCCAGAGUCAGCCCAGUCCGGUCCACAUCAGCUCUCAGCAGAGCAGGAAACCCACCAAAGAGGAUGUCCAGAAGGAGAUCACCUUCCUGAACAUCCAGCUGGACCGACACUGCAUGAAGGUCUCAAAAGUGGCCGACAGUCUGAUGGGCUACACUGAGCAAUUCAUGGAGUACGACCCAUUUGUGUCGCCGACGGAACCCUCCAACCCUUGGGUCAGCGACGACGCCUCAUUUUGGGAUGUGGAGGCCAGUCGUGACCCCAGUCAACAGCGCGUCAAGAAGUGGGGCUUCAGCCUGGAGGAGGCUCUGAAGGACCCUGCGGGACGAGACCAGUUCUUGAAGUUCCUCGAAUCAGAGUUCAGCUCUGAAAACCUCCGGUUCUGGUUAGCGGUCCAGGACCUGAAGCGACGGCCGCUGCAGGAGGUUUCCUCACGGGCCGAGCAGAUCUGGGAGGAGUUCCUGGCGGAGGGAGCACCGAGCUCCAUUAACCUGGACUCUCACAGCUACGAGCGCACCAGCCAGAACCUCAAAGACCCGGGGCGCUACAGCUUUGAGGACGCUCAGGAGCACAUCUUCAAGCUGAUGAAGAGCGACAGCUAUGCACGCUUUCUGCGAUCCAACAUCUACCAGGACUUGCUGCUGGCGCGGAAGAAGCAGCCAGCAGACACUGAGCAGGGUCGCCGCACAUCUUUGGAGAAGUUCACCCGCAGCGUGGUAAGUCCACUGGAGCCGCGGCUGCUCAAACCCACACUGGCUGCCUCACUGUCCGUAGUCGAACUCUAAUUCGGUCUUUUGAUCACGAUUAAUCUCACAUUUCUGCAAGCGGCUCGGCGGGAACGUUAUGUGGAUUUCUUUGACCUUCCAGGGGAAGUCGUUGACGGGAAAGCGUCUGACCGGACUAAUGCAGUCGUCCUGACGUCACGAGAUGGGACACGUCGGAUGGCCGCCAUUCAGGUCGGUCUGAUACCGCUGCGGGAGUUCACGCAAGAAAGCACCGACUCCAGAGCUGCCAAAUCCAAAACUCUGGCUCUUUGACGGGAUUUUGUUUCCUUCAUGUUUGUUUUGGAAGAAGCACAUGGUUUAAUAAGCAAUGUAGAGAAGAUAUUUAUGUGGCAGCAGCAAUAACUAGAGCACGAGACCAUUUAUUGCUUUUCAGGAACUAUAUUCAGUCUUUUUUUAUAGCCAUGAGAGUUUGUAUCUAUAUCCAGCAGCAGCACCACAUGAAACAGAAACUACGCUAGUGUUGACGGUAACCAAAAUGUCCCAGUCCCAUCCAGUGCUGCGUUCUCGUGACAGAGAAGUUAGUUGAGCUUCGCCAUCCGCCACCGGCAGAUGGUUGGUCCACCAAAAUAAACUCUCUCUCUCUUGAAUGCAACACAGGAUUAGCGGAAUAAUUGUUCAUGCUUCAUUACAUUCCAAACUCUAGCAUAAGGGCUUCAUGUAGCAUUUGAGUGUUGCAUGUUUCUACACUAAAGGGCCUGAUUUACCACAAGGGAAAUAACUUCUGGCUAACUUCCAGGUCAGUAUGGGAGAUUUCGCACUUUGUGGAGGCCAUUAUCGGAGGAGGCUUCACUCCAAGGUCACACUAUGAGGGUUAGCAUGAACAGUGUUAGCGACAGUUCGUAGGAUCGGAAGGGCAAAGGCGAAACUCUAUCGUUUCUUGCCGUUGGUUUUGGGACAAGUCUAACAGGAAACGCCUGUUAGUUGAAUUAGAUUUUGGUACCUAACCUGGAGAGCGGUAAAACUGCCUGCUGUUAGAGAUGAGGCUCACCAUCCCGUAGAGACUCUCGAGUUCAUGUCCCCUCAAAAGCCACCACCUACUUGGUAGCAAAUCAGGCCUCUAACCUCUGUGCAGUGACCAAGAACCCUACAGAAGUCCUCACCUUUGCGGUUGCCACCACCAGGUGGACCACAAGGGCCAGAACCAGACUGUGUCGAGUGCUUUUUGUUUUCUACAUCAUGAUGUCAUUGCUCCUGUUGAGGAGCUGCCUGCCUGCAGCCCAAACGGUUAGUAAUUGUUUAUGUGCAUGGACUAGUCUGUAGUCACACGAGGGAGAGCAGCGCGCAUGUGUGCGGGAGCCUCCGCCCAAAGACUGCAGACGAAUGGAGGCCGGCUCAGUGAAGAGGCAGGACUGAAACGUUGGUGCACACACUGGUGCUCCUCGGAGGAUUCUCCUCCACACAGUUCCACCGCGAGGCCAGCGACUGCAACGCCUACUGAAAGCUCUGAUCAUCUAUCUCCCAGCCGUCGCUCUGCAACAGUCCAGGUUUCAGCGGACAAUAAGACAUUGUCUCGACAACCUUGGGGUUACACGACUAAAUGUUACUGUUUCGGCGGAUACAGUGCGAAAUGUUAUAAUGAAAAUAAAGCACACAAAUCUGAAACGGCACAUUACUAUGCAUGUAACAUGUUCAGGGCAUUUUUUUGAGCUUUUAGUUUCUCGAUCAGCGACUACUGGCACAGAGCAACACUCCAGCACCUGCUAUAUUAACAUGGGAACCAAAUAAUAAAACAAAACAAAAAAAACUCUGCACCAGUGUGUGUCGUCUUCUCUUGGGUCAAGUUUCUCUGGUUUGUUUGUCUAGAACGUUCUUGAAUAUCAGCCACCAAAUCCGAGAGAGAGUCACUUUUGUGGCGAGACAGAACCCAAUACAUAACACAUUAGUCCAUCAGUCAUCAUAAACCACAUGAACCUACAGAGCACCGAAGAGCAUCCAAGCUCUUCCAAGUUGGCUAGUUCCCCACCUGCCCUGAAAACCCUGGAAAUAUGCUGGUCUGCUUCAGUGGUAUUCUGUUUACUUACGGCCAGAGGGAGAGCUCUAAAACAUAAGCACAUUGAUUGGUGGAAGUAAUUAUUGAUGCGCUAGCUUGACACUCACAGUCAGAGCUGUUUAUUCCCUCCCAUCAGUGACAUAAACAAGGAUUGUUAAUGGACACAAAGGUGCCAUUCAGCCCGGG